CAUUAUUAUGCCGCACACAAAAAAUGCCGAAGAAGAGGAAGAAUCUGAAGGAAUCUAAAAUGAAUCCUGAAUGGGAGGUCAUCGUCCUAGUCUCGAACCAUCUUUGUCCAAAGACACUGUCUCUAGCCGCAUGUGUCUCCAAGCUAUGGCACCUUUGCAUGUCCUCCGACCAUCUCUGGCAACCCAUCCUCGCCUCAACUUACCCUUCUCUGUCCUCACUCCGCCUCGCCGACCCCGCUGUCCCUUACCGUCGUCUCUACGCCCUCGGGCAUGCCUCCGACAAGCGGCGCGUGCAGAACCAGCAGCCACAGCCCCCGGUGAUCUCCCUCUCCGACGUCAUCUUCUCCGUCACUGUCUUCCACCGGGACUCUCCCCUAUUGUCCUUGGUGAAACCCGGGAGAGAGCUCGGGAUGCACGAGAAUGGCGUUUUCCUGUUCGACCUCGAGCCCACGGGGGACGAGCGGAGGUUGGCACUCGUGGGAGGCAACCGGUUGCCUCAUGAUGUGAGGGUUACAUGGGAAGCGGUGUUAGAGGGGUAUACAUGUAAAUUCACAAUGUUGGAGUGCGGCGGUGAGAAACGGUCGUUCGUGUCUGGGAUGGAAGCAUGGUACUCGGAGGAGUUACCGUCCCCGGGGUGCUGCCCAUGCUCGAAAGGCACGGUCAGCGGGCUGGUGGCGGAUCUGAGGUUGGGGUGGAAAAAGGAAAGUUGUGGGAGGGUGUUGGUGGAAAAGAUUAGUUUAGGGGUCAUGAGUGUGGCCGAAUGGAGAUAUGUUCAAGUGGUUGAUGUUCUUAGAUACUUGCAGCAUUUUCUCUUAAAGUAAUCAACUUUCAGUUCAAUGUUCUUUCUUUUUUGGGUGUACCACAGUGUAUAUAUUUGGAAUUUAAUAUUUUGUUGAGAAUGGUAUUACAAAAUGUAAUUAAUGUACAUUAAACUUAA